GAAGGAUAAGAAGAUUAAAGCAAUGGUCCAAUUCUUCUGUGGACGUAUAUAUGUUUGUGCGCGCAGAUUCUGAGGUGCCCUACUAAAUGUAUAAUAAAGUUGAUUUGGCAUGCUUCUCCUGUAGCUAAUCUGUGGGAGUGCACCUCAAAGAAGGAUUCCGUUUUGAUUGAUGAUAAAUUGUGGAGCUGCAGUCACAAUUCUCCGAUUCUUAUAUUUGUGGCUCUCCAUUUUGCCUGUGAAUUCGCCUAUAAGUUCAAGCUAUACCCCUUCGACACCUUUGCAGUGCCCACAAGUACACAACAAUGAACAAAUAAGCACCACAUAUAAAAAGAAAGUCCACACUUGUGUACCAUCAAACAACCCAGAAUAAGAUCGAUCGAUCAAGCCAACGACCAUCCUCAGAAACCCACAAGAAAAAGGCCAAAAACAAGAAAUGAGUGGUAUAGUAGAAGCUCAUAACGUCAAGAACCUAGGCACAGGAAGGCAGGUGAUAGUUUUGGCUCAUGGGUUUGGCACCGAUCAGUCUGUUUGGAAGCACUUUGUCCCUCAUCUUCUUAACGAUUUCAGGGUCAUUUUAUAUGAUAUUAUAGGUGCUGGUACUACAAAUCCAGAUUACUUCGAUUUUAAUAGACACUCUACUCUCGAAGGUCAUGCUUAUGAUUUGCUCGCCAUUUUGGAGGAAUUGCAAGUCGAGUCUUGCAUUUUUGUUGGCCACUCUGUCUCCGCUAUGAUUGGCGUUAUUGCUUCCAUUAGCCGCCCUGAGCUCUUCUCUAAAAUUGUCAUGAUCGCUGCUUCUCCAAGGUAUUUGAAUGAUGUCGACUACUAUGGAGGAUUUGAGCAAGAAGAUAUAAACCAACUAAUUGAAGCAAUGCAAUCCAAUUACAAGGAAUGGUGCUCAGGGUUUGCCCCACUAACUGUGGGUGGAGACAUGGAGUCGGUGGCGGUUCAAGAAUUUAGCCGCACUCUCUUCAACAUGAGGCCAGACAUAGCCCUAGCCGUUGCGCAAUGCAUAUUACAAAGUGACUUGAGGCAAAUUCUACAUUUGGUGACUGUGCCUUGUCACAUCUUACAAAGCGGCAAGGAUUUAGCUGUGCCAGUGGCUGUGUCUGAAUAUUUACAUCAACACCUCGGUGGUGAGUCCGUUAUCGAAGUCAUGGCAUCAGAUGGUCAUUUGCCUCAGUUGAGCUCGCCGGAUAUUGUAAUUCCGGUGCUUCUUAGGCAUAUUCGUUGUAAUAUUACUAUGUAAUGUUCCUUCGUAUUUUUAUUAUGGCUUAAAGUUUAAUUACAUACUUAUAUUUAUUGAGAAUGUUUAAAUUAGUUAAUUUUCAA